AUGUCCAUGUCGAUAGAAGAAUGCCAGACGCCCCGGCCAGGCUUCCCAAAGCCAACACCAAACACCCCAGCAAACAUCAUGCAGCAAUUCAGCAUGGCAGGCAAAGUCAUCGUCGUCACCGGCGCCGCUGAAGGAAUCGGCGGCGCCGUCGCAGACGCAAUGGCCGAAGCAGGCGGCAACGUAGCCCUCUGGUACAACACCAACCCCAAGGCCAACGAGCGCGCCGCCACCCUCGCCCAGCAACACGCCGUCAAGACCAAAACCUACAGCGUCGACAUCACCGACGCCGCGGCCGUGGAACAGGCAAUGGACGCGGUGGUGGCCGACUUUGGCAAAAUCGACGUCUUUGUUGCGAAUGCGGGUACGGGCGACAGUAAGCCGCUGCUGGAGCAGACGCUGGACAGCUACCACGCGCUCAUGAAGGUCAAUGUCGACGGCCCCGUCUACUGCUCCAAGUACGCAGGCGCCGUGUUCAAAAAGCAAGGGUUUGGCAAUCUGAUUCUCACCUCGUCCAUUUCUGCGCACAUUGUCAAUGUGCCCGUCGACCAGCCGAUUUACAAUGGCACAAAGGCGUUUGUCUCCCACCUCGGCAAGAGUCUGGCGCGCGAGUGGAGGGAGUUUGCGAGGGUGAAUAUUGUGUCGCCGGGCUUCUUUGAUACAAAGAUGGGGGCGGGGCCCAAGGUGAUUACCGAGGGCUUGAGGAUGAUUCCUUUGGGGAGGCAGGGCAAUGUCAAGGAGAUCAAGGGCUUGUAUUUGUACCUGGCGAGUGAUGCGAGUAGUUAUACCACAGGAAGCGAUGUCUUGGUUGAUGGCGGUUAUACGCUGCCGUAG